AUGGACUCGGGAACUCCGUCCAUCCAACCUUUGCCCCCUGAGGUCAUCGCCCAAUUGACAUCCUCGAUAGCCAUAUCACACCUCAAUGGAGUGGUCUUGGAGCUUCUGAAGAAUUCGUUAGAUGCUGGCGCCAAAACUGUUUCUAUCAAUGUAGACUUCCCAAAAGGUGGCUGUGUCGUGGAAGACGAUGGGCACGGAAUAUUGCCCGCUGAGUUCCUGGAAGGCAGCAAUCUUGCCAAACUACAUCAUUCCUCCAAAUUCAACAGCCAGCAUGAGGUGUAUGGCCGGAAAGGCGUGUUUCUUGCCUCUCUCGUGUCACUUGCUUUGGUUACUAUAACCUCUCGCCACGAAUCUACGUCAACGACAAAUACUGUGAUGUAUCACCACGCAAAGGCGAUUUCGAUACUGACGCCGGCCCCAUUGCAACAUGAGAUCAAUUCGCGUGACCAUGGAACUAGAGUUACAGUUACUGACCUAUUCGGGAAUCUUCCCGUCCGUGUUAAACAUCGGGCGCUCUCUCUGAGAACGAGUCAGGACCUAGAUAGAGAAUGGGAUGCCUUGAAGCACAUCCUUACAGCUAUGCUUCUCGCCUUCCAGAAACGCGUGAAACUUGUGGUGUCCGACUCAACGAAAACAAAAAAACUUGUUAUUCGAGCAAGCGACCCGCCGUUUGAUAAUUCCUCUGGGACGCUUGACCUGGUUCGAAUUUGUCCAAUUCUGAUGCAGGCUGGCUAUGUCAUGGCAAGGGAUUUUCAAUCGUGGGUUACUGCAUCUGCUCGCACUUCGGGAAUUGAGGUUCAAUCUGCAAUAUCUCUUCAACCUGUUCCAACAAAACAAGUCCAGUUCAUCUCCUUUGGAAUAAAUCCGAUUUUUCCCCAAUCGAAUGCAAACGUCCUAUAUAAUGAAGUUAAUCGGCUAUUCUCCCUUUCGAGGUUUGGGAUUGUUGAUGGUUCACCCGUUAUCACGGAUGGGCUAGAAGGGCUUCAUCUGCAAGGCGAUGACAGAGCAAGUAAUAAAAAGGCACCAAGCGGAAGAGACCUAGAAGAGCGCGGCAAAGCUAUCGAUAGGAUGGAUGGUUCUCUCGAAACCGGCAAGACUCUCCAAUCGGUUUUGGAUGUGUUGGUGGCCAUGAUACAAAAGUUUCUAGAAGAGUAUCAUUUUCUACCCCGGUCAGGAGCAGGUGCCAAACGAAGUCACCAGCCGCAAUCUCCCACAAGUCCAGUAGAACAUCAAGUUGUAAAACGCCCCAGGAGUGCUGCACCAGCGUUGGCUUCACCCCUUGCGUCCGCUGAUAGCGGGAACACCGAAGAACUCUUUGACACCCGAAUCAAGCUUCCCGUAUUUGUCCACUCGACAAGCCAUAUGCUCCGUCCUAAAACCAAGGACUUCGGAAGCUGGUCACGGAUUAAAAGUGGUCGCGAAGGCGGAUUUGACGAGAUAUGCUCUGGUUUGUCCCGCGGAGAAGCGGCUUCAAUCUCGAAUUUUGCCAUGAAAAGCCAAACUGAGCGUGAUAGAGGGGACUCGUACUCCUCUCCCGCAACGCCUUCACCCUCUGGUGUCCAGCCUGGUGAACCUUUAGAUAGCCUAAUGAAUGGUGAUCAUUACAGGAAGUCCGCCAGUCAAGAUGGAGCUGGAAAUCCAGGCUUAGAAAGCCUCGAAACAGAAAAAAUUGAUGAGUUGAAGGACGAUGUUUUACACUGGAUAGAUCCUAUCACGAAGAAGGAAAUAUUAAUCAACAACAGGACGGGCCAGACUAUUUCUAACCCAAAACAGCCGCUUGCAUCGAUGCGAGGGGCAAAUGGUAUUCAAACGGCAGGGGGCCUUGAUCGCCACAGCUGUCCAAGAAGCUCGGCGUCACGUCCGAAUUUGUGGAUUGAAUCACUUCUUAAGGAAUGGGAGAACCCAACGUUCCGACGAUCUGAGCACCCAGUCGCAACGGCGUUUGAAGUUCCAGGUCUGCAUCCCGGGGUCUCAAACAAACAUCUCCUAUCAGGAGCGGGAGAUUUUGGGUUCAUGCCAUCUACCUCUAGGUUCAGCGGGCGGUUGACGAAAGAAGGGCUGCAGAAAGCACAACUGAUAGCUCAAGUGGACAAUAAAUUUUUGCUUUUGAAACUGCCAGCUUUCUGCAAGGAAAAUAACGACUAUAGCCAGCAAAACUUGGUCCUUGUCGACCAACAUGCAGCCGAUGAAAGAUGCCGGGUUGAGCAACUUUUCGACGAGCUCUGCGAUACCACAACUGCGACACCAGACUCGUCGUCAUUCUGUCGAGGUCGAGUAAAUACAGCAUCUUUGCCGAAGCCAAUUUCAUUCCAGGUAUCACCCCAAGAAGGUGAAUUGCUCAAGUCCCAUUCCGGCUACUUCGAAUCCUGGGGUUGCUACUAUUCAUUGUCUAGUAGCGAAAGAAAUUAUCUCACGGUUACGGUUGACAAGCUUCCAGCCCUUAUUGCCGAACGCUGUAGACUAGAACCUCAACUUGCCAUAGACCUUCUACGCGGCGAAAUUUGGGACCGGAAAGAUCAUGAAAGAAGAGACCAGACGUCUUUCUCCCAGACGCUUUCAUCCGGUAAUCCAGAAGCAGGUAAUUCCGAAAAUUCACAAGGCGAGGCAUCACCUACCAUUGCGCGUCAAUCUUGGCUAGAGCGGAUUAGUGACUGUCCCAAGGCUAUUGUUGACCUGCUCAACUCACGCGCUUGCAGAAGCUCUAUCAUGUUCAACGAUAUUCUAAGUCCGGCUGAAUGCCAAAAUCUGAUCUCUAAGCUUGCGCUCUGCGCUUUUCCAUUUCAGUGCGCUCAUGGACGCCCAUCCAUGAUUCCGAUUGUGAGCUUGGGUUCUAGUUCGUCAUCCGACCAAACCUCCCUAGCCGAAACCCAUUCAGGGCUUAAUUUUAUAUCCUAUUUUGGAAACAUUGUUGGUAAAGCUCCGGCAACUAGCAUGGAUUUGCCCUUCAUGGAAGCCUUUAAGGUAUGGAAACCUAAUGUUACAUAA